AAGUAAUCUGAGGGUUGGAAUUCGCUCUUAGUCUCUCCCCCUUCUCUCCUUCCACUCACCGCCCCUCUGUCUUAAAGAGAGUUUAUCCAUCCUAAAUACUCACAUGUAAAACUCUCCUCAGUGGGACUCUGCACAGCUGGCUGCUCGCUGCAAGGUGCAAACAGUGAGCCGCCUGCCGAAGUCAGCCAGCUGCUCCUUCACCAAAGAAGAACAGUAUCUCCUACAGGAAAGAGGGAGGCAUCGCUGAAGCAGAGAGAGAAGAGCUAAAAGCCAAAUAAGUUUCCCCCAGCCUGGAUAGAAAACUGGGCAGCAUCUUACUUAUUGACAAGAUCAGACCGAAGUCAGAAUGUCCCUGGGUGGUGGAACAUUAGUCUUCUUAAUGGCAGCAAUGGGCUCUGUAUCUGGAGGAGGUCCAGCAGGUGGUGGAUAUUACCAAAUGAAAUACGUAAAUCCAAUGGUCAAGGGACCUCUUGGCCCUCCAUUCAGAGAAGGGAAAGGACAGUACUUAGAUAGACCACCCAUCUCACCCUCCCUCAAGGGAGAACCAGGACCAGAAGGGAAAGCUGGUCCAAGAGGGCCACCAGGACAACCAGGGCCUCCAGGAAAACCAGGGGUGGGGAAGCCUGGAUUACAAGGACAGCCAGGUCAUGUUGGUGCACCUGGCCUUGCUGGCAUUGGUAAACCAGGACUGACAGGAAUGCCUGGCAAAAUAGGCCCCAAAGGACUACCUGGCACCAAAGGAGAGCCUGGAAUACACGGAGAACAAGGGCCUCGAGGAAUGCCUGGACCUCCAGGUAUUCCUGGGCCAUCUGGUAUUGCUUCUAAUGGAAAACCAGGUGUUCAAGGAGCACCAGGGCAACCAGGUAUAAGGGGUGAGCCUGGACUCAAGGGUGAGGCAGGACCACGGGGUGAAAAAGGCCUCAAAGGUGAAGCAGGCAUUGGAAAAGCAGGGAUACCAGGACCACGAGGAGCCGUGGGGGGACCUGGACCAAUGGGACAACCUGGGCCACCUGGAAUUGGAAAAUCAGGACUUGAUGGUUUACCUGGAGCCCCUGGAGAAAAAGGAGUUGUUGGCCCCCCUGGGGGUCCAGGUAUAGCUGGCCUUCCUGGGCCACAGGGCCCCCCAGGAAAACCAGGGGUGGAUGGUCUUGGCAAACCUGGUUUAGAUGGAUUACCAGGUUUGCCAGGGCAUAUAGGUCCAAAGGGUGAGCCAGGGAUUAGGGGUUUACCUGGGCUGCCAGGACCAGCAGGUUAUGGUAAACCAGGCCUUCCUGGUUUAAAGGGUGAUCGUGGCCCCUCUGGAAUUCCAGGUGGAAUAGGUGAAAAAGGAGAGCCAGGUUUAUUUGGGGAACCUGGUGCUCAGGGGCCACAAGGUAUAGUGGGUCCUCCAGGACUUCCUGGGUCAAUGGGAUUACCUGGUAAAAAUGGUCUUCCUGGUUUAAAAGGUGAUAUAGGGCCAAAGGGCCCCUCAGGAGCAGCAGGAGUUCCAGGAAAUCAGGGUCCUAAUGGGUUACCAGGUAAGCCUGGCAUCCCAGGAGAAAGGGGGCUUCCAGGCUCACUGGGCCUGCAAGGUCCAACAGGGCCUAAAGGGGAAGCUGGGUCAAUAGGGCUCCCAGGUGUCCCGGGAAAUGGAGGUGGUUUAGGUCUAAAGGGUGAAUCAGGAAUGCCAGGGCAACCAGGUCCCCGAGGUCCAGCAGGAAUUCCUGGAUUACAAGGGUCAGCUGGCCCUAUUGGACCCCAGGGACUUCCAGGGUUCAAGGGAGAGCCUGGUGUUCCUGGAGCUCCUGGCAAUGGAAUCAAUGGUCAGCCAGGUCCCUCUGGGCCCACUGGACCACCUGGAGUUCCAGGUCCCCCUGGUUUAAUUGGACAGCCAGGGCAACCAGGGCCACCUGGCCCACCAGGACCACCUGGGGUUUAUGGUGAUGGUGAAAUCGCAGGCCUCCACUUGCCAGAUGGUGUUAAAGGUACUUCUCUGGGGCAAGAAAAGCCCCAGUUUGGCUCUCCUGAUGGGUCUGUUAAAACAGCUCCAGCAUUUACUGCUAUCUUAACUACACCAUUCCCACCUUCUGGCUUACCCAUUAAAUUUGACAGGACUUUAUACAAUGGACACAAUAACUACAACACAGCCACAGGGAUAUUCACUUGUUCAUUGCCAGGAAUCUAUUACUUUGCUUACCAUGUUCAUGUCAAAGGUACCAACAUCUGGGUUGCUUUGUACAAGAACAAUGUACCUGCUACAUACACCUAUGAUGAGUAUAAAAAAGGAUAUAUGGACCAAGCUUCUGGAAGUGCAGUUCUGGAACUUAAAGAAAAUGACAAAGUUUGGAUCCAGAUGCCAUCAGACCAAGCCAAUGGAUUAUAUUCAACAGAAUAUAUUCACUCUUCUUUCUCCGGAUUCCUCCUCUGUCCUACAUAAUGAGCAAGAGCUUAGUCUCUAGCUUUAACCAUAAACAAUCUUAAAAUAUCUUACAGGAUAAAAAUCAGUGUAUACUUAUAUAUCCACUGGGGGGGGAAAAAGCACAAAGAAGACGAAAAUGUUUGCUUUUUUCCUGCAGAGAAAUUAGGUUUGGAAGAAUCUUUUUCUCGGCACAGUUUGCAAAAUAAGUCAUGAGACCAUUUAAUGACACUUAACAAAGCUGCAAGCUGCAUGGCUGCCGUGCAACGCAAUGUUCUUGAGUUUGGAACCUUAAGUGAAUCUUUGAGUUCCAGUUUGGUUUUGAAUUUUUUUUUAUGUUUUUUUCGUAAUUUAUCUAUUUCUGCUAUGUUGUUUUGCUUUAGUUUUUUAAAAGAUUGCUCCUACACCCAAGUAAAUGUGGACAUAAGAUUA